AAUCUCCCUCUUUCAAUAUCGUCCUCUACACCCUCAAUUAACAGACAGCACCCAGAAAUGGACAAGAACACCAAUAACUCCAAUGAAGCCAAUGAAGAAGAAGCAAACGUGGCACUUCUUGCACCUUUUAGCUGCCUUCUUUGUCGGAAAAGCAAACUGAAGUGUGACCGUACUAGGCCAUCCUGCAGUCGAUGCAGCAAGCAAGGCUAUGAUUGCGUAUAUUCCUUAUCAAGGCAACCAUACCAAAGCAAAAACCGUGGACAGGCAAAAGAAUUGGAGGCCAAACUCGGACGCCUGGAGAGACUGCUUAACAGCUCGCAAGAGUCGAGGGCAUCCGACAUUGAAAGUAGCCAAAACAGGUACAAUGCUAUUGCAGCAGUUGGCGCCACAACGCCGAGCCAGGAGGAAGAUGCUGUCGUUAGGCUGGGCCUAUUUGAGGAGGCGCCUCCUCGACAGCUGAUCGAAACAUUAAUGAACAUAUACUUCAACAGAAUCCAUCAGGUAACGCCCCUACUACAUCGCCAAAGAUUCAUGGCAUCACUCUUCCUGCCAGACCAUAUGAAGCCUCCAAUGUGUCUUCAAUACAUCGUCAUGGCCUCUGCCGCAGAGACAUCUGACGCUUACCGCCACUUGGGAAUGCUAUUUUACAAGCGUGCCGUAAAAUAUCUUCAAGACGACCACCUGGGUGACACUAGUGAAAGAGCAAUGACUCUAGGAUAUGUACAAGCUCGGGCUCUGAUAUCCUGUUUCGAGGCUGAGCACUCUAUGUUUUCAAAGGCAUCUAUGACACUUUGUUCUGCUAUUAGAGCUGCACAGAUGCUAGGCCUCCAUCAAAUUGACGUCAAAGGACCGGAUAGGGGCCAGCAUGUUGACUGGAUAGGAGUCGAAGAACGACGCCGCACAUGGUGGACCAUAUUUUGCUAUGAUCGCUUUACCUGUGCCACGACUGGAUGGCCAGCACUCAUACAUGAUCACAACAUCAAAACUAGAGUUCCAGCCUCAGAAAAGGCUUAUGAGAAUGGCCAAGAGGAAAACACGCGCUUCCUCGGAGACCAGUUGCUCGAAUCCGAACAACACUCCACCUUUGCAGGAGCAGUGCUCGCAGCGCAUAUCUUCCACCGUACCAUAGAACAUACUGGAACGAAUAACAGCCAGGAUCAGGACUUCAGCGGCCACUUGUACUGGCAGAGACACAAAGGCAUUGAUAAUGAUCUCAAGUUCAUGUUGUUGAUGCUGCCAAAGGCCCUUUGUCUUCCUGCCAACUAUAGGACUCACAACGCCAUUUUUGUCAACGUCAUGCUACAGACGGCCACCAUAUGCCUUCACAGAGCAGCUUUGUGGAGGAUGAAGUCGAAUUUACAGGGGCUACCGAGUUACCUGAUUCGGCUAUCUCAAGACCGCCUACUUCCAGCAGCCGAAGAGAUAUUCAACAUUUUUAGAAUGAUACCCGAUCUUGGUGCGACGUUUACUAACCCCCUUAUUUGCUUUGCUGCAUAUAUGGCUGCUCUGGUAUUUAUGGCGAGUACAUCUCCGACGGAGCCUAAUGGAGAGCAUGUUCAGAAUCUAGAUUUUAUACUCAAGAUCUUGGCUGCUUUUGGUAAUACAAAUCUCGUUGCCAAUGCUUUGGCGAACGAAAUUGUCAAAGAAAUGAAGCAAUGUGGGAUCUCAUCCCCUACUAUGAACAAGGUCAAUUUGCAAGAGACGUCACUAGAUAUCCCAUUACUCGCUACCCAACGCCCGUAUUCUUAUCCUCAGGGUUCAUUCCCUUGAGGGUGCUAACUCCCAAGACAAACACUACUAUUAUUACAACCCUAAUGACUAUCACGAAGUGUAUCUUCAGCUUCAUCAUACGAAGAAACAAGGUUCGAACGGAGCUCCCUGAUGACUGCUUCGGCUAUUUGCGAGCAAAGUCGCUUUCUGUCUCAAGCCAAGUUCCGAAUGUCGUCAACUGGGGAUACUCCUUUCUCAGCGCCUUCAAGUCCGCACCGAAACCCUGGUCCUUGAACCACUUGAACAUAUAACCCAACUCCUUGACCAUCGCCAUGAUUGGGUAGACAACAAGACUAUAGGUGUAUGGGAGAUCGCGGGCAGUCUUCUCCUUGAAGAUUUUUUCGAAUUCCUCGAGCGUCAGUUCAUCACCUGCAAGUGACACAGCACGGCCGGCAUAUUUCUCAGGCUGAAGGAAAGCUUGUGCGCCAGCGACGCCCACAUCGGUCACUGUGACGAGUUGAAGAGGUUUAUUCUUGACAACCAGCUUCCAUGCUGUGACAAAUGACUUUCCCAGGAAAUUGUCCGUCAAGUUCUCCAUGAAAGCCACAGGUCGAAUGAUAAACCAUUGCAUACCAGUGCCAGUGGUACGGGAGAUCAAGUGCUUCUCAAUCUCGUGCUUUGUAAUAAAGUGAGGAACUUGAGUUGGGUUGUUCAGAGAGUCUUCGCCGUGUCGGUCAACUGAAGUAUAGACAAAGAACUUGGCCCCAGCAUCCAAUGCAGCAUCGACAAGACCCUUGCCCUGGGCUACUUCAGCACCAUCUCCUUGACCCAUAGGGGACUAGUUACAGGAUCACGUUAACAUCUCAACUAUAACCAUCAAGAGGCGAGUGUACUUACCUGGACACUGAACACUCCCCAAAUCGGCUGUUUUGUAACUUGGCGGGCAUUUUUGAAGAUUGUGGCAGCAUCGGACAAGUCUCCCUGUACAAGCUUGAUGUUGGAAGAUUUCUUGAGAAGCUUCUGAGCUGAAGAAGAAUUGGGGUUUCUGGUGACGGCGAGAAUCUCCACGCCGGCCUUUUGCUUGACGAGUUGGUUGAGAACAGCACCGCCUUGCUUUCCGGUCGCACCAGAUAUGAGAAUUGCUCGUGACAUUUUUAUGAUGUUCAAGUUGUUGACUACUGAGGUAGAGUGGUUAUAGUGGUAUAAACUGAUGAAUCAAUUGCCUAUGGAGGUAUCUAUUAGGCCUACUAUAUAGUGGUUUCUGAGAAGGCAAGCAGCCAACGC